CCAGUCUGCAGUCGCCAGUUCAAAUCGGUAGACGUUCAUUCGCAUCGCGUGUUGAAGGACUCCCUGUUUUUCAGUGCCAAAGAACAAAAGACAAAUACAAACAGUGCUAACCUGAGUACAAUACGUACUCGAGCAAAUAUUGCAAAGAAUUUAUAAAACACAGAGAUCUGAUCAAACAAAAGUGCUCUAGUGCUCAAUCCGCAAAAAUAUUCAAGUACAAAUAAUCAAGAUUUAGUGUUUCUCCCAACUGAGGAUCCAAGGAUCGGCGAAUGCAUGUCUUAUAGAAGAUAAGACGCCAAGAGAGGAAGCAAGAAGGAUCCACUGCCAGUUGACCAGCCAAAAUCCACACUCACAGCCAUGGAGCGUUCCCAGUUGACCGCCUGGCUGGCCCUGAUGCUCUGCGUGUUGGCCGCUGCCACGCCCACGCCCGCUCGCCCGCCCACCGACUGCCCGGCGGACUGUGUCUGCAGUUUGUCGCAACACACGCAUAAGCCACUGUACCACCUCAAGUGCAAUGGCACCAAGGGAUUGAGGGUGGCGGAGAAGCCCUUCUACGCGGAGAUUCCCGUGCAUUCGCUCGAUCUCUCCCACCUGAACCUCACCCGUUUGAGCCAUGUUUUGGACAAGCUGCCGGAACUGACCUCCGCUGAUCUGUCCCACAAUCAGCUGACGGAUAUCAGUCACCUUGGCAAGCGUUUGAAGCGACUCAACCUGAAGCACAACCGCCUCACCUCGGACAAGUUGGCCAGGCUGCCGCAGCAUCUGCAAGUGCUCAACCUGCAGCACAACAACAUCACCACUCUGCCACUGGAACUGACCCACAUGCAUCAGUUGCGCCAACUGGAGCUCAGCAACAAUAAGAUCAACUGCUCCUGCAAAACUCUGGAGGUUCGCAACUGGCUGGUGGAGCGAUUGGUGUACAUGGAGCACCCGGUGGUCUGUUCACUUCCCCUGGAGUUCAAGGGUCGCUCCUGGCUGCAGCUGAAGCAGGACGAGAUCUGCAAGAGGGAGCAGCAGCAGUGGCUCGAGGCAGAGGAGAACGAACUGAUGAUGGGCGACCAACCUGCGGUGGCUUCAGGCGAACGCGAGGAGGAGGACAACUGGGAGCUGGGCAAGGACUACCUGCCCAUCGAUCGCAGUGCCACACCGAAGAAGGUGCGCUCCCCCCAGGAACCGCUGCCCGGUGAUGAGGUGGAGGGAUCUGGUGACCUAAGCGAAACCCACAAGGAGCUCAAGUUGCUGGAGGAGGCAAUUCCCGAGCCCGAAGCUGCGGAGUCAGCUGUUCAGGAGCAAAAGGUCCCUGAGAUCGAGGAGCACAUCGUGAAGGACGAGGAUGAAGAGGAUGUCGAGGGUUCCGGCAGCGGUGGUGGUGCGCUCAUCAUUCCCGAUGCCUCCAAAGUAAAGCUCGCCUCGCAGGACGAACUGGAUGGUAAGGAUAACGACAGCGAGGAGCAGGAUGACAAGGAUGAGGACGAUAGCAAGCCCCUUGAGAAUCCGGACACCAGCGUCUUCAGCAACCACAUGGGCAUCUUCGAGGGCAACGAGGAGAAGAAGCCCGUGGAGGAGGAGGUGAUUGUGCCAGUGGUUCACACUCGAUUGGAAACAGCUGUGGAGAAGGAUGUGGUCACCGAUGGUCCUGUUGAUGAGAGCGAGGAAUCCGCGGACAUCCUGACCGCCCAGAUGGGCAAGAAGAAGGACGAGAGCAGUGCCAUUUACUACUUACUUGGAGUAAUUGGUCUCAUUGUGGUGGGCAUGGUGCUCUUUGUGGCCAUCAAGCGUUGCAAGUACGACAGCAAUGCUGCGGCACGAGAUGCCGAAGCCCAGAGGCAAACGGAGCUACUCGAUAUGGACAAGAAGCAGUUGGGCAAGCCGCUGCAGAAGAAUGGCCAUGGCAACGGGCAGGAGCACUCUCCUCUGAUUGGCGAGAAAACCAAACUGGAUGAGGCGCAGAUUGUAAAGAAGCCUUAUGAAAACGGAGAUUCAAAGGAUCCGGCUAACCAGCAGCCGCUUCUCAAUGGCAAUGGCUCGGCAAACGGAGCUGGUAAGGAUGCUCCCGAGGGAGGAGAACCCGCUGCCCACGAGUACUAUCCCAUUAGUCCGCGUUACCCAACUCCCCAAUCUCCGAGGGCUUCCAAGUACGCCCAACACCAACAGCAACCAGCCGCCGAGCAAAACAACAACGAACCGGAUGGAGCUUACCUGCCCUCCUCUCCGAAAUCCGGAAGGUUCCCCGUGUAUUCCCCGGAAACGGGAAGGGUUAAGAUCAAGCUGACGGAGACCCCCAAACCCAAGACUCCCAUGCUCGUGACGCGCAGCAAGUCGAAUGCCGGGGAUAUAAUCACCACUCCUGUUAAGCCUCAAGUCGAACCCGCCACCCACAGCGCCCAGGUGCCCAUCAAUGGCCACUGAUGUGGGGUUACAGCCAGCGAGCUAGCCAUCAACUCUCGACACAGACCGACUUUCCCGACUCGCCCAAUUAAAUAGUGCCUAUUCCAAACCGAUCGAAUAUGAUAAAAGUCCUAUGUUUUGCAACAGAACUUGGUUAACUGCUUUUAUCAAAUUCAGAGAGGAUUCAGAUCGGAGGAAAGGUGACUGGGAUGCAAUCCCUCCUCAGCUUCAUCACCAGCAACCUAUAGCAGAUCGAAAUCUGGAGGAUCUGCAACUGCAACAACAUUAACAACAUAUAACACAAGAAGCCAAGGCGACGAAAACAGCAACUAUUCGAGUUAAGCAACCAAAAUCCCCGUCUUAAGUGUGACCGACAAGUAGUGUUCUAGCCAUAAGUAAAUUAAUUAAUCCUAAGCGUAAAUCUAGUUUAAUACCAAAGUUAAAGAAUAUAUGCAUUAAACAAAAUGGAAACGAUCGUCGAGUGAAAAUAUUGAAAGUAUCGGGGAGAAAAGCGAAAGCGAAAGGAGAGAAACUCUUUGGAAAAAUAUAUGUUUUCAAACUGCAUCUGCAUGUGAUGUACACACCAUACUUACUGUAUAUGUACUUUUAUAACAUACCUAUACACUGUUAACUACUUAAGCUCCAUUCUCUUGUGAAAUUAUAUUGUGUGAAUUCAUUAAAUUCGAGCGAAUUUUGAAAUAUA